UUCUACUUGCCCAUUGCAUUGUCAGCCCGCGUCAUUUACUUGCAUUGUGGUAGCACGGUCUCCGAUCACUGUCGCUCGCUAUGAGCAAUGUCUUGGGCAUAGCAUGGCGCGCUCCAUGCCCGGGGCUGAGGGCCUCGAGCCUCUUUCCCUCCGUCAGCCCGAAGGCGCUCCCCCUCGCCAGUUAUCUCACCUCUUCCCUUCGGCCUUCGAGCUCACGCCACAGAAACAUCUUCUCCGCGCGCUCCUUCGGCUCUCUCCGUGAUGCCUCCACAUUCCGCCACAGUCGAAACUCGCUCGUCUUCUCUCCGGUCCCCACUCGUUCGUUCCAGACCUCCGCUCCGCUCCGCUCCAGCAAGCCUCCUGCCGUGGACCAUGGGGUGAAGCCUCGCGCAGAACCCUUCUCGCACGCCGACAUCAAUGCCAUCUUUGGAGCCCGUGCGAAGGUCUCCCCGUCCAUGGGCAACCGGGUCCUCGCCGUGCUCCACGGCCGACGACUCAAUGGUACCCUGGACCUGGAUCUCCCCGUCGACAUCAGUUGCUCGGUGCGCCCGCACAGUCUCGACGCAGCCCUCGGUUACCUUCGCGAACAUUACCCCGUGGACGAGGAUGCGGCCAUUAUGGCCCGCAUUGAGCGGGAGGAGCUGGAAGAAGAACAGAAGCUCAUCAAGCGGGCCGAGGAGUUGGGUCUCUAUAAGCCCCAGAGCGGCCAGUUCGGAGCGGAGCUGGGCGAGAACAAGGACGUCUCCGGGAAGAGUGUUUUCCAGGAGAUGCGGAAGCAUAAUGAAGAGAGACUUCUGGCCGAAGACGAGCAAAAACGCAAGGAGUGGUUGGAGGGUGCGGCGCAGGAUCAGGAGAAGUACAAGCGCAUGAGGGAACGGAACACUGCCCUGCAGAAGUUUGAAGAUACCUCCGCUUUAGAAGUCCGUGAGCGCGCGGAUCCUCGCGAGCGCCCUCUUCUUGCCUGGGUUCAGAAGCACCACCUUCGUGCUAUGGAGACGGACAUUGACGUGACGAACAUGACGACGAGUCGCCGGAUCGUGCCUUCGCUCAUCUUUAGUCUGAUUGCCCUGGGUCUUUGCUAUGCCUUUGCCGUGUUUUAUGAACCUCCCGCGCGAGCAGAUCGGCUGUGGCCAGACACUCCUCGCGCUGCUGCCACUUUAAUGGGUAUCAUUGGCAUCAACGUCGGAAUAUUUGUUCUAUGGCGGGCAUGGCCGCCAUCCUGGAGACUGCUCAACCGCUACUUCAUCAGUGUUGCCGCCUAUCCUCGUCCAUUUAGCAUUGUUGGCAAUGUCUUCAGCCACCAGAAGCCCUUGCAUUUGAGUGUCAACAUGGUAAUGCUUUGGUUCGUUGGCACACGACUCCACGAUGAGGUCGGUCGGGGCGAGUUCUUGAGCUUGUACAUGGCAUCCGGUGUCGUCGGAUCCCUCCUUUCUCUGUCAGCGCAUGUUCUUCUGGGCCAGUGGACUGUCACCGCUCUUGGAGCCAGUGGAGCGAUUUCUGGAAUUGUCGCAGGCUGGUGUAUACUUCACGCGAACGACAAUCUCACCUUCUACCUUCUCCCCGAAGAAUGGCAAAGCGUGGUAUCAGCCCGUGGGUGGUUUAUCCUUUCCACCAUCGUCGCUGCUGAAGUCGUCCGUCUGGCGAUGACCUUCCGCGCCCCUGCCCUCGACCAUUGGGCGCACAUUGGUGGUUAUCUCACGGGAAUCAUCUGGGCAAGCAUUAAGAACGCGAAGGAGAAGAAGAGGCGGGAAGAGAUGAGCUGGUUCCAACGGCUGUUCUCCAAAUAGCGAUGGGCCACCCUCGCAUGCCACGCACGCUAGGCUCACCCGAGCCUUGUAAAUACCAUCGCUGCCAUCAGGCACAUGUAUACUAUAUCGUACUUGUUUCUUGAAGCACCC